AUGCUCAUGAGCGAUGGAUUGCUGCGGGUAUUCUGGCCAUACGACCUACCGCGGUCUUCGGCGCCGGGGGUGAUCGUGGGCUGGCGGAAUUCGGAGCUAGACCUGUUUGUGUUGACUGUGCUGGAGGAUGUCGAGCCUCGAAAUGUCGACAAUGCGCUCCGUGCGGGCAUCCUCUUUCGCAACAGCCCCCAUCCGAUAGUGCGGAUAUUUACGCUAUGUGGUCGGUCUGCCAUGCAUGUUCUGGGAUCGACCAACCCGAGAGAACCUCCGACGACGGCGUUCAAUCCUUCGCAUCUAUAUGUGACGACCCACCCCUCGAGCAAAGUUCCCCGGAUACACUGUCCGCCGGAGACCAACCUUUCGGUUCAAGUUAUCAUGUUCCAUCGCCCCCACCCGACGAGAAUGGAGUAUAUGUCGUUGGAUCCGAUCUCGCUGGCACUCGGGGAUAAGGCGCUCGCGGUGGACAAGUCGGAUGCGCUGGCCGAUGAGAUCGAGACGGAGGAGGAACUGGAUAAAGCCAAGUCUAAGAUGCUGGUCGAGAAGCUCAAGCUCCAUACGGUUGUCAAGCAUGUGCCGUCAGCCAAGGAGCAGGCGCUGCCCCUCAUCGUCAACCAGGUCAACUGCGCAUACGAGAUGGCCAAGCUCAUGGAGAAGAACAGCCACUUGAUCGGGAUCCGCGUCAAGAGGAGCAUGAGCGUGGGCGAGCGUGUGGUAGAAUCCGCCAGCACGCUGUGGGAUCUAUUCAUUCUUGGGGUGUCGUACGUGUUCUGGCAAUGGAUCUGGCCCGUGGCCACCCGCGUUUUUGUCGUCGGCUUGGUAUUCCACCGUACCAUCGCCGAGGUCGUCCUGCAGGUCCUUGAAUGGCGCGCUCGUCCUGACGCUGCGGCUUUGAAAGAUAUAUCCGCGACGGCGCAGCAGGUGGAUAUCCGACUCCAGCAAUUUUGCUACUGGCCCAUACAGUAUGUCAAGCUGCGGCAGAGGAAGGAUAACUGGGAGAGCGUGACCACCAGCCAUCCGGACUAUAUUCGAUUUUAUAACAGCCUGUGGCUGGUUGCCAAUGAUGUGAUUAUCGGGAUCGCGCUGGGAUCGUAUAUCAUUGACAAUGCGCACUGGGUGGCGUUCCAGAUCAACACCGUCCUCACAGGGUGGACGGUGGAGGGGCUGCAGCGGACCAUCUCAUGGCUGAUGGACUGGCCGGCAGGUCUGAAGCUGAACAACGAGCUCGCAGCUUUUCUGGGUGACCUGUUCCUAUGGGUGAUCGAGAACUGGGCAGCAUGUAUCGCCAACCUCCAGCCCUACCUCCCCCACAUAAUCUACGUAGUGGGAUGCUCCAGCUUCGCCGGCGCCAGCAUGCCCAUCGCGCUCUUCUCCGACCUCGUAUCGAUCCUCACAGUCCACAUCUACUCGUUCUACAUCGCGUCCGCGCGCAUCUUCAACUGGCAGCUCACGAUAAUCAUCUCCCUCUUCCACCUCUUCCGCGGCAAGAAGCGGAACGUGCUCCGCAACCGGAUCGACUCGUGCGACUACGAUCUGGAUCAGCUGCUCAUCGGGACCAUCCUCUUCACCGUCCUGUUCUUCCUCCUGCCGACGGUCAUCGUGUUCUACCUCGCUUUCGCUACCGCGCGCAUGCUCAUCAUCUCCGUGAAGGCGGCCCUCGAUACGUGUCUAGCUUUUUUGAACCACUUUCCGCUGUUUGCGCUGAUGCUGCGCGUGAAGGACUCGCGGCGGCUACCAGGCGGUAUCCGAUUCGAGCUCCGCGAAGAGCAAGACAAAACCUCCGACCCACCAUCCACAAAACCCUACAUCCACCUAGAGUCCAUUCCCCUCGCCCUCCGCGCCAUGUUCGACCAAUACUUCCAACUCGGCCAACGCCUCCGCAAACACUACCUCUCACCGCGGGUCAUCUUCUGCCUAAUGACAGGCCGCUUCGUGCCGCCCAUCCACCGCCGCAACCUGUACAGCAUGCAGUACAGCAUGCUGCCUGCGCGGCGGGCCGGCAUGGCCGAGGUGUGGUCGAUGCUGACGCAGCCGCGGAAAGCAAGUGGGGGAGGCGGCGGUUCGUCUUCAUCUGGGGGUGGGAUGGGCGGGUCUGCGAAUGGGGGGGUAAAGGUGUCUGGGUAUGGACAUGGGUAUGGGUAUGGGCAUGGGCAUGGGGAUGUAAGGAGAAGGGGACAUCGGUGA